AUGAACCUCUUUCGCCUGAUGGGCGACGUGUCCCACGUCCUCGCAGUUUUCAUUCUGCUGGCCAAGAUCUGGCGUACACGCUCAGCUGCUGGUAUUUCGGGUCGCAGCCAGAUUCUUUUCACCAUUGUAUACUUGGCUCGCUACAUGGACCUCUUCUUCAGCUUCAUCUCGCUGUACAACACGGUGAUGAAGCUCCUUUUCAUUUCCGCCUCGUGCGCCACCGUCUACCUCAUCUACUUCAAGUUCCGGGCCACCUAUGACGGCAACCACGAUACCUUCCGGAUAGAGUUUGUCCUCGUGCCCUCGCUUCUGCUGGCCUUUAUCUUCCACUACUCGAUGAGCUUUUUCGAGCUGGCUUGGUCCUUCUCCAUCUUCUUGGAAGCCGUGGCCAUUCUUCCCCAGCUCUUCAUGGUGACCAAGACGGGUGAGGCAGAAAACAUCACCAGCCACUACCUCUUUGCCCUGGGCUCCUACCGCGCCCUUUACAUUCUCAACUGGAUCUACCGAUACUACACCGAGGGGCACUUUGACCCCAUUGCCGUGUGUGCUGGCAUCGUCCAAACCAUCCUCUACUGCGACUUUUUCUACCUUUAUGUGACCAAAGUGUUGCAAGGCCGCAAGCUGCAGGUCCUGCCCUAAGCGGCCCGCACCUCGUUGAAAGAACUUGCCC